AGCAGAGGUAUCCGUCGUAAAAAUAAUUGAUAAAUCUUCCGUKCAUGUUCGCUCACUGUGGCGGUCCCUGCAGAAGGGAGCAGCCUGGAAAACAAAAGAAAGAAAAGGCUCCAUGAUAUCAUGGUGCGUUGGGGGGUCAUUAAAUAGGAGGCAACGCAAAAGGAGUUGCCCUGUACGCAGAGAGUCGAGCUCCCUGCUCCCCGGCACAGCAGAGCGGUGAGGCUGUCUGUCUGAGCCGUCAGCUGAUGACUGAAUCAGGUUUCCUCCGUUAGUCGGACCUAACAUGAAAGUGUCGUUUCUCUCUCCAGUAGCCGCUCCUCUGCUGCUGCUGCUGCUGCUGCUGCGGGCUGCGAGCGGCUCUUUCUCCAGCCGCGUCCCUUCAUUCAUUCUCCCGUUCACCGAGUGCGCGCGGAGCCGGGGGAAAGACGGCUCCUACAGGGGAGUCGUGGACGUGACCGAGUCCGGCAGCCGGUGCAUGAACUGGACCGAGGUGGCCGGAUUCAAAGAGCGCUACCCGGGCAAAGGGAUAGGAGAGCACAACCACUGCCGCAACCCGGACGGCAGGAUCCGUCCCUGGUGCUUCUUCAAGAACCACAAAGGCAGGAUGGACUGGGGAUACUGCGACUGUAAACAAGGAUCAGURCGUCUGCAGGGAGGCCGCUCCAAGYUGGACGGCAGGGUGGAGGUCUAUCUGGGAGGAGUCUGGGGGUCUGUGUGCGGCACUGAGUGGGGGGAUGAAGAUGCCGCAGUGGUUUGCAAACAGCUGGGCAAGGGGAUCUCAGGACUUGCUCGCGCAGUUCCCCUGUUUCGGCCCGGCAUGACUAAGCUCCACUGGAUGGCGGUCCAUUGUCAGGGAGAGGAGGGAGACCUACUGCAGUGUCCCAAGACUACCUGGAAAGGAGAGGAGUGUUUUCUGGCAGCAGCUGUCACCUGCACCCAUCAGCAAGCUGUCGGCAUGCCUCUCAUACGACUGGUUGGGGGUCGAUCUGAUUCAGAAGGCACAGUUGAAGUCUUUCAUGCAGGGCAGUGGGGUUCUAUAUGUGACGACCAAUGGGAUGACAGUGAUGCAGAGGUGGUGUGCCGACAACUGGGGUUGAGCGGUGUUGCACGGGCAUGGGGCCAAGCAUACUUUGGAAAGAGUUCAGGUCGUGUGUGGUUGGACGAGGUGCGUUGCUCAGGCAAUGAGCUCAGUUUGGAGCAGUGUCCCAAAAGUGCCUGGGGAGAGCACAAUUGUCUGCACUCUGAGGAUGCAGGAGUGUCCUGCAGCCCCCUCACAGAUGGUACCAUUAAGUUGGUUGGUGGCACUGGAAGCCACGAGGGGCGUUUAGAAAUCUUCUACCAUGGUCAGUGGGGGACAGUGUGUGAUGAUGGCUGGACUGAGUCAAAUACACAAGUAGUGUGUCGACAGCUCGGCUACAGGUCCAGUGAAGUAUUUACUCUCAGUCAUUUCGGGGUGGGGUCAGGUCCUAUUCUUUUGGAUGAUGUGAGCUGCAUGGGGAAAGAACCCAGUCUGUUGUUGUGCAACAAGAAGGAGUGGCUCCGUCACGACUGCACACACGAUGAAGAUGUUACCAUCGCCUGCAGCCCUGAGCACAGCGGAAGCAGCCUUCCAACAAGUAUUCCCAUAAGGCUUGUGGGAGGGGAAAGCUCCAGGGAAGGUCGUGUUGAGAUCCAUCUCUCUGGUCAGUGGGGGACUGUCUGUGAUGAUGGAUGGACCGAUCAGGAUGCUGAGGUGGUGUGCCGGCAGUUGGGUUUCAGUGGCGUCGCAAAGGCCCGCGUGAUGGCGUACUUUGGGGAAGGAACGGGCCCCAUCCAUGUGGACAACGUGAAGUGUACCGGUGAGGAGCGUGCGCUGGCGGACUGCAUCAAACAGACGCCUGGCACGCACAACUGCCGCCACAGUGAGGACGCCGGGGUCAUCUGCGAUUACGGUGUUUCGCAGCACAGCAAGAAAGAGGUUAAAGAUCCUGUCAACUCAAUUUGUGGUCUGCGGCUCAUACACACUCGCCAGCGCCGAAUCAUAGGAGGAGAAAACUCUCUGAGGGGUGGCUGGCCGUGGCAAGCAGCCAUUCGUCUGCGAGGAUCUCGAGGGGACGGGAGGUUGGUGUGCGGAGCGACUCUCAUCGACACGUGCUGGGUCCUCACGUCGGCGCACUGCUUCAAAAGGUAUGGAAACAGCACCAAGCAAUACAAAGUAAGAGUGGGCGACUACCACUCCCUCGUCCCCGAGGAGUACGAAGAGGAGUAUGGCGUUGAUCGUAUCGUCCUCCAUCCGAACUACCAUUCCCAAAGUAACAACUACGACCUGGCCUUAGUUCGUCUGUCACUGGGAGCUGUGGGCCAGACGCCGGGACAGUGUGUGUCAUUCAGCCGCCAUGUCCUCCCCGCCUGUCUGCCCAUGAAGAAAGAGAGAGUGCUCAAACAAGCCAGCAACUGUCACAUUACUGGCUGGGGAGAUACAGGACGCUCGUACUCAAAGACCCUGCAGCAAGCUGCCCUGUCCCUUCUGCCACGCCGCCACUGCCAGCAGCAUUACCACAGUGCCUUCACAAGCCGCAUGCUCUGCGCCGGGAGCRUCCAAUCAGAAAGGCACGUGGACAGUUGCCGUGGCGACAGCGGAGGCCCAUUGGUGUGUGAGCGUCCGGGCGGGGGCUGGGUCGUUUACGGGGUCACAUCCUGGGGUCACGCCUGCAGGACACAACAGUCCCCGGGUGUUUACACCAAAGUGUCCGCUUUCAGCUCCUGGAUACGCAAAGUUGUUGGCCGCGAUGAGAAAAGGCGGUAAAGAGUGACAAACCCCAAUAAGGCCUCUCAAUCACACUUAAUGGCUCUAAAGAACUGAUGGGUCAGACGUGUGAGCCACUGCAGCUCCUGAUGAGAUGAUGUCACGGCAUUAUUAACUGAACACGAGCUGAAGCGAUUACCUGAGUAAAAGGACAAUGCUGAGUUCUACUAUUCUUAUAUUUUGUUUUAUUUGUCAACACAAAAUUAGUUUGUUUUAAGCCAUAAGCACUUAUUCAAAUAUUCUUGGAUGCUACAACAAUCAAAGUAUUUAACUCAACWAUGGCAUAACUGAAACAUUUCUUUGUUGUAACAUUGCAAACUUUUUAAAACAUUUUUUUCUGUUGAAUGAUUUUUGAGCUUGCUUUUGUUUUAACUAUAUAUCGUAAUUUAUUAUAUAAACUAUGUAUGUUGAAAAAGGGACCAAACACAUAGCAGACUGCACAUGCAUGCAUUCAUGCAUUCAUAUAAGCAAUGGCAUGACAUAAAUUUGCAUACUUGCACUAAAAUCCCUUAUUUUUGGUACUUUAACUGCAUGAUAUUUGGUGCUUCUGUGUAUUGUCGUCAUAUUGACAUUUGCCGAAAUGAAAUGUGAAACUUCAUUUCUGUUCUCUUUUUAAUGUAUAAUAUUAUUUGAUUUCAUUUGUGCAAAAAAAAAAAAAAAACAUGUUUCAGGUCUUAAUAUUGCUCAGGCUUUUAUACCAUAAAUCUAAUCAUUGGUAGAUCUUGACUUUGUGCUGAGAAAUGUUUACAAAAUAGUGUUUCUGAAUCAAAGCACAAAACAAUAUUUCCAAGUGUUUUGUCAAAUCUUUGUCUUUGUUUGGUAUUUUUUGUGUCUUCUGAUCCAGAGGGGCAUCAUAGACACUUUACUUAUUUCUAAUUUGUUGUUUACUUUAUAUGUUGUGUUGUAUUCAUACACUCAUAAAAUCACAUUUUGUAAGAAGUCAAA